GUUUUUUGUGUAGGUUUCACUCCCUCCUAAUUUGGAGACUAUAGUUCUAAAAAGUCUUCCAAAAUUGAAGGAGAUAGAUUUUGGGAUCCUCACAAAGUUAAAAAUCCUAGAGUUAAAAAAACUACCUCAAUUAAGACAUAUUAUAUGCAAUGAGGAUAAGAUUAUCAACAAGAGAUGUGUUUUGUCUCCUUCAAUGUUUAAGAAUUUUCACAAUCUCAUAGAGCUACAUAUCAUUGAUUGUGGGAUGGAAGACUGGAGAGGUGUCAAUACUUCUACUAAUAAUGAAGUGCUCUCCCAUGAAAAGGCUUCAUUCCUUGAAUCAAGAGCCUCCACUUUGAACAAAAUUAUGGAUGCCUUAAGAGACGACAAUAUCAACUUGAUUGGAGUAUGGGGCAUGGCCGGUGUGGGCAAAACAACACUGUUGAAACAAGUGGCUCAACAAGCUAAGCAACAGCGGUUGUUCACCACACAAGCCUAUAUGGAUGUAUCCUGGACUCGAGACUCGGAUAAACGUCAAGAAGGAAUUGCGGAACUUCAACUAGAAAUUGAGAACGCGUUCGACUUGUCACUUUGCGAGGAGGAUGAAUCCAAAAAAGCGAAUGAACUGAAGGAGGAACUGAUGGUAGAAGGGAAGAUCCUUAUUAUCUUGGAUGAUAUUUGGAGGGAAGUUGAUUUGGAGAAAGUAGGAAUUCCGUGUAAAGGUGAUGAAACACAAUGCAAAAUAGUGUUGGCUUCGAGAGAUGGAGACCUAUUAUGCAAAAACAUGGGCGCACAAAUAUGUUUUCCAGUGGAACAUUUACCACCAGAAGAAGCUUGGAGUCUUUUUAAGAAGACAGCAGGUGAUUCCGUGGAGGAGAAUCUUGAACUGCGACCCAUAGCCAUUCAAGUAGUUGAAGAAUGUGAGGGUCUACCAAUUGCAAUUGUAACAAGCCAAGGCAUUAAAAGAUGAGACCGUGGCUGUAUGGAAGAAUGCCUUGGAACAACUCAGGAGUUGUGCAGCAGUAAACAUUAAAGCAGUGGGUAAGAAGGUUUACUCAUGUCUGGAGUGGAGCUACACCCAUUUGAAGGGUGAUGACAUUAAGUCAUUGUUCUUACUUUGUGGGAUGCUGGGCUAUGGUAAUAUUUCAUUGGAUCUCUUGUUACCAUAUGCUAUGGGUCUGGAUUUGUUUGACCGCAUCGACUCAUUGGAGCAAGCAAGAAAUAGACUACUUGCAUUGGUGGAAAUCCUUAAAGCCUCAAGCUUGUUACUCGACAGUCAUGAAGAUAGAGACAAGUUUGUGAGGAUGCACGAUGUUGUUUGCAAUGUUGUCAGAGAAAUUGCAUCCAAGGAUCCUCAUCCAUUUGUAGUCAGAGAAGAUGUUGGAUUGGAAGAAUGGUCAGAGACUGAUGAAUCCAAAAGCUACACUUUCAUCUCUUUGCAUUGCAAAGCUGUGCAUGAGCUUCCUCAAGGGUUGGUAUGUCCGGACCUUCAAUUUUUCCAAUUGCAUAACAACAAUCCUUCCUUGAAUAUCCCGAACACAUUUUUCGAAGGAAUGAAAAAACUCAAAGUAUUAGAUUUGUCCAAAAUGCGUUUUACAGUGCUACCUUCAUCACUUGAUUCCCUUACAAAUCUCCAAACAUUGCGUCUAGAUGGGUGCAAGUUGGAAGACAUUGCUCUAAUUGGAAAGCUAACGAAACUAGAAGUUCUUAGCUUGAUGGGUUCUACAAUCCAACAAUUGCCUAAUGAAAUGGUGCAAUUGACCAAUCUAAGGCUGUUGGAUUUGAAUGAUUGCAAGGAGCUUGAAGUAAUUCCACAAAAUAUCUUAUCAAGUUUGUCUCGAUUAGAAUGUUUGUACAUGAAAUCUAGCUUUACUCAAUGGGCGGUUGAAGGUGAAAGCAAUGCUUGCUUAUCCGAGCUAAAUCAUUUGUCUCAUUUGACAACUUUAGAGAUAGAUAUACCAAAUGCCAAGUUGCUACCAAAAGACAUUCUAUUUGAGAACUUGACAAGAUAUGGGAUAUUUAUAGGUGUUUCGGGCGGGUUGAGAACCAAAAGAGCAUUGAAUCUCUAUGAAGUCAAUAGAAGCUUACAUUUGGGGGAUGGAAUGAGCAAGUUGUUGGAGAGAAGUGAAGAACUACAGUUCUACAAAUUAAGUGGUACUAAAUAUGUGCUUUACCCAUCAGAUAGGGAGAGUUUUCGUGAACUGAAGCAUCUUCAAGUUUUUAACAGUCCCGAGAUUCAAUAUAUCAUUGAUUCAAAGGAUCAAUGGUUUCUGCAACAUGGUGCCUUUCCUCUAUUGGAGUCAUUGAUUCUUAUGAAGUUGGAAAACUUGGAAGAAGUAUGGCAUGGCCCAAUUCCAAUAGAAUCUUUUGGUAACUUAAAAACUCUAAAUGUGUAUUCAUGUCCUAAAUUGAAAUUUCUCUUUCUGCUUUCCACGGCUAGAGGCCUUCCCCAACUUGAAGAAAUGACAAUAGAAUAUUGUGUUGCCAUGCAACAAAUAAUCGCAUAUAAAAGGGAAUCAGAAAUACAAGAAGAUGGACAUGGUGGGACCAAUUUGCAACUAUUCCCAAAAUUGCGAUCCUUGAUUCUCUAUGAUCUACCACAGCUCAUCAACUUCAGUUCCGAGUUAGAAACAACAUCUUCCACAUCUUUGAGUACAAAUGCAAGGUCAGAAGACUCAUUUUUCAGUCAUAAGGUUUCAUUCCCUAAGUUAGAGGAGUUGACACUCAAAUAUCUGCCCAAGUUGAAGGAUAUAUGGCAUCAUCAACUUCCAUUUGAAUCCUUCUCCAAUCUACAGAUCUUAAGGGUGUAUGAAUGUCCAUGUCUACUCAAUCUUGUCCCAACUCAUUUGAUACACAACUUCCAGAAUUUAAAAGAGAUAGAUGUGCAAGAUUGUGAACUCCUAGAGCAUGUGAAUAUUCUUCAAGAAAAUGAUGGAAAUGUUGAGAUCUUCUCAAAGUUAGAAACCUUGAAAUUGAAGAAGUUGCCUAGGCUGAGAUGGAUGGAAGACGGGAAUGAUAGGAUGAAACAUAUUUCCUCUCUUAUGACACUCAUGAAUAUUCAAAACCUUCAAGAACUACAUAUCAGUGAUUGUAGUAUGGAAGACCUACGGAAGAUGUAGUACUCUUUUAUAAGAAGGUACACUAGAUUUACUUUAUGUUCUGCUCCAUUUGAGGUGAAGUACAGAUGCAGCCCUUGAAGGAGAAAUUAUUAAUGGUGUUUCAGAAAUUGUCAAUGAUGUUUCCUUCAAUCAUUUCCUUCAUUUGAUAGAGUUUAUUUAUUCAAACA